GAAAGCUCAAAUGAAUUAUCCGUUUCCAUAUAACCCGAAUUUCGGGUUAACGGGUUUUGCUUAAACCUUAGCGACUUGCAAAACCAGACACCAUUACCAAUACCUCUACAGGUUCUUCAAUGGCGCUUGUAAUCCAAAACCCAUUUCUAUUUUCUACAAAAUUAUCACAAAGUCGUGGCCUUUUACACUAUUUUCCCAAAAGAGUGUCUUUUUCUUCUUCAUUCUUAUCUAUCAGAUGUUUUUCUGCUGUUUCACAAAAGCCCCUCAGAUAUGCUGUUCUUGGUGCUGGAUUUGCUGGAUUGUCUGUGGCUUGGCAUUUGUUGCAACAAAGUUCAGAGGAAUCAAAUUUUUGCAUAGACAUAUACGAUGAAGUUGGCAUUGGUGGAGGUGCAUCUGGAAUGUCUGGUGGACUCCUUCAUCCCUAUUCCCCCAAAGUUAAGCUUCUGUGGCGGGGAGAAGAGUGCUGGAAAGAAAGUUUAAAGCUUCUAAAUGUUGCUGAAGAUGCUCGAUCUUCCAAGUCCUUAGACAUGGUUAUGCCCAAAACUGGCCUAAAAGAAGGCGACUUUAUAGUCAGGAGAAGCGGACUCGUGAGACCAGUGCUCUCUGUGAAGAAUAUGCACAUGAUGAAUGAUAAUACUCAAAACUGCAUUGCCAGCUGCAGAAUUGAGUCGAUUCACAAGGAUGCUGCACAGAAGCUUGUACCUGAUUUGUGUGUGCCCCUGGACUUAGCCUUCCAUAUGCCUGAAGCCGUGAAUGUUAAUCCUCAGAAUUAUCUUGAGGCUCUCUACUUAGCAUGCAAAACUUUUGUGAAAUCCAAGUGCAGUUUGGGCAUUUCAUGUAAAGAGUUAAAUUUGCACAAGGAAUCAGUUCUUAAUCUUCUAGAAUUAGCAGGUGAUUAUGAUGCAGUGAUCGUAUGUCUAGGUUCUGGAGCAGCCUUUCUUCCUGAACUCUCUGGAAGGCUUCCUUUGAGAACGUGUAGGGGUGUUAUUGCUCACUUGCAGCUCCCUGAUCACAUCAGAGAGGAUUAUCCAGAAAACAGCCCCUCUAUACUUUCAGAUGCAUGGCUUGCUGUCCAAGGACCUCAAACAUUGUAUUUGGGGUCAACAUGGGAAUGGAAAUCGAGGAAUUUUUCAAGACACGUUCCCCAAGAAGAAGCCUCCAAAGCUCUUGCAGAGUUACUACCGAAGGCAUCUGCUGUAUAUCCAGCUAUAAAGAAUUGGACCAUAAAAGGAACAUGUGCAGGGCUAAGGGCAAUGCCGCCACUCACUGCAGAAGGAUCACUUCCACUCUUGGGUUGUGUAGAUGAAUUCAUUGGCGGCCCAACAGAAUGUAAGUACUGGUUAUUUACAGGGCUUGGUUCCAGGGGUUUGUUCUACCAUGCUUUGCUUGGAAAACUGAUGGCACAGGCUGUUCUUUCAUGUAAUGAAGACUUGAUCCCUUCUGAAUUAACAUCAUGGAAGCAUCGAGUGAAGCAAUAAAAGAGGAUGCCAAAUCUUAUUAUUAUUUUCAAUAAUAUUAGACUGGCACGGGCUCUUGAUAAAACGACAUGGAUAGUGAUGAUUCAUAUAGUCGAUCCCAACUUGCUUAGGAUUGAGGCUUAGUAGUUGUUGUAUAGAAGUAGUUUAGCAGUCUCCGACGUGUUCACUUCCUUUCUGGAGGGAAAUGAUAGUCUUGUUCGACUUUAACGACAAAACGUUGACGUUGUGUAUUAGUGUAAAUCAGGUUCUAAUUUUGGAACCUAGACAUUUGAUUAACAGGCCAUGUUUCUGUAGUUUUA